GCAGAGCAGAGCAGAGCAGCCGUCGACGGAGCAGCACGGAUCAAGCGAGGAGGAGGAAGCCAUGGGGGAGCAGGGGGAGCUGGCCGCGGACCAGCACGUCCGCUACAUCGUCACAGCGGAGAAGAAGAAGGACUCCUUCGAGUCGCUGGUGAUGGAGCACCUCCGUGCUAGCGGCGCGUACUGGGGGCUCACCACGCUCGACCUCCUCCACAAGCUCCACGCCGUCGACUCCGCCGAGGUCGUCGACUGGAUCAUGUCGUGCUACCACCCGGAAUCUGGUGGAUUCGGGGGCAACGUGGGGCACGACCCGCAUGUCCUCUACACGCUCAGCGCCGUGCAGGUCCUCUGCCUCUUCGAUCGGCUCGAUGUUCUUGAUGUGGAAAAAGUUGCUGACUAUGUUACUGGACUUCAGAAUGAGGAUGGAUCAUUUUCUGGUGAUAUGUGGGGAGAAGUUGACACUAGGUUCUCGUAUAUUUCCAUAUGCACGUUGUCAUUACUGCAUCGUCUGCACAAAAUUAAUGUGGAUAAGGCUGUAGAGUAUAUUGUUAGCUGUAAAAACUUGGACGGAGGAUUUGGAGCUAUGCCAGGAGGGGAGUCUCAUGCUGGGCAGAUAUUCUGUUGUGUUGGUGCUCUCGCAAUCACCGGCUCCUUGCAUCACAUUGAUAGAGACCUCCUUGGAUGGUGGCUUUGUGAGCGCCAGUGUAGAGACGGAGGGCUCAAUGGGCGACCUGAGAAACUUGCCGAUGUGUGCUACUCAUGGUGGGUGUUGUCAAGCUUGAUAAUGAUUGAUAGAGUGCACUGGAUUGACAAGGAAAAACUUGCAAAAUUUAUACUGAACUGUCAGGAUAAGGAAAAUGGUGGAAUUUCAGAUAGACCGGAUAAUGCGGUAGACAUCUACCACACAUACUUUGGAGUUGCAGGGCUUUCAUUGAUGGAGUACCCUGGAGUGAAGCCUAUGGAUCCUGCCUAUGCACUGCCGUUGGAUGUUGUCAACCGAAUUUUCUUGAGCAAACAGCAGUAAAUUACAUGCAUGAGAUCUGCUCGACAGAAUGACCGUUGAAUGUUGAUGAUUCAUUCCUGACCUCAUGUAUACCCGAAAAUUUGGACACUUGGCUCUGUAAAAGAGUGUAAUGUUCAAUGGUGUAGAAUCUACUUCAAAUUCUGUCAACAGUCUCUUGUUGGAAUUGUAUUUGUUACGAACAUGUCUUAGUUGACUGCACACCUUUUACUAACUUAAGUUGCAAUUUAAAUGUAGCUGAAGACAAUGGUUGACAUACUUUGUAAGAAUAUUUUGCUCCAGCACCUGCCAGUUUUGAUAGACUUCUUACGAUA